UUUUCUGUCAGUUAAAUUGCAGACGUUGAAGUGUGAGCACUACAUGUUAUUGUGUCAGUAAAAUGUGUGCUGUUUUACAUUAUUUUUUAUUGAAUUUCAUGCUUGGCGUUGUUUUAACUUUCGCUUUGCCAUUCGAAGGAUUGUUUCCAGUGGAUUUGAUACAUUACAAUGAUUUUCAUGCGAGGUUCGAAGAAACGUCAGUUGAGACGCCAACUUGUCGAUUUAACAACAAUUCCUGUAUUGGUGGUCUGCCGAGACUCUUCCAGAAGAUAGAAGAGUUACGAAAGGAGAAACCAGAUUCCAUCUUACUGAACGCCGGAGAUAGCUUUCAGGGGACGUAUUGGUAUACUCUUCUUAAAUGGAAUGUUACACAAGAGUUUAUGAAUCUUUUGCCCCAUGACGCUCAUGCUAUCGGAAACCAUGAGUUUGACGAUGGACCACAAGGGUUGGCUCCAUAUCUCCAAGCUCUCAAAGCACCAGUACUUGCUGCCAACAUGGACGCCAGUAAGGAACCAAUUUUACAAGGUCUCUAUAGAGGUCAUGUUAUCAUAGAACGAAGAAAAAGAAGAAUUGGACUCAUUGGAUUAAUUACUCCUGAUACAAAAAUAUUAUCAUCCGCCGGUAAUGUAGAGUUCACUGAUCCUGGCGAGGCGAUGAGACGAGAAGCUAAGUGGCUUAAUGAGAAAGGUGUAGACAUCAUCAUUGUGCUCUCACAUUGUGGCCUCGAAGUCGACAAGACAUUAGCACGCGAUUACGGCAAAUACGUGGACAUAAUAGUGGGCGGACAUUCCCACUCUUUACUGUGGAACGGUCCCUCUCCUAGCGGGGAAGACGUUGCCGGUCCAUAUCCCGUUUUUGUUCAAUCUACUGCCACGACCAAACAUAAGGUUUUAAUAGUACAAGCAUCAGCCUUCACCAAAUAUAUGGGUAACUUAACAGUGUAUUUCAAUUAUAGAGGUGACUAUGUUAAAUGGGAGGGAGGACCGGUUUUCCUUGACAGAUCUUUACCGGAAGAUAAGGAGAUAAAGGCAAAGCUAGCGCCUUACGCAGCCAUGGUGCAUGCAGCCGAAAAGGAGAUAGUGGGUGAAACAUCUAAAACACUCCACUUUGAGGAGUGUGUGUCUGGGGAAUGCGCUUUGGGAGAUCUAUUGGUUGAUGCAAUGACAGAAUAUGGAAAAUCUUUGAAACCUGACUUGCAUUACGUUGGUUUUAUUCAGCGCGGGAACAUAAAGUCUUCUAUUCCGAGCGGAAAUAUAACGAAAGGGGUCAUAUUCGAACUUUUGCCGUUUAACGACCGUAUUGAGAUUUUCGAGUUACAAGGCAAAGAUAUAUUGAAAGCCUUGGAGAGAAGCUUUUCCGGAGCCUGGAACAUUAAUCCGUUUAAGGGUCCCUACGUGUUACAACUGUCUGGUCUUCAAGUGACAUACAACGUGUCACUACCUGAAGGGCAGCGUGUGAAAUCAGUAUUCGUUGGCCACAGUAAAUCUAAUAUAUCCCUAGAUCCACAUAUAUAUUAUCACGUGAUAGCACCAGCAUACCUGUCGGACGGAGGAGACGGAUUUAACAUGUUCAAAGAAGGAAAACGAAAUACCGAGAUCGUUGGUCGAGAUGAGAAAGUUUUGGAACUUUACAUAAAGAAGCACUCUCCGUUAAACAUCAACACGGACGGACGGAUUUUCGUCAAUUAUUGAAUGACAAUAAUUUUUAUGUUCUAAAUAAAUAUGCCAAGUUAAUUGAUGUAUUUAUUUUAUAGUGUUUACUAUGAAUUCAAACAUUGUUAUUCCGAGGUUUUACUUUUGUAUGUUUUGUUUUAAGUAAAUAUUGAAACUAAUUAAUAAUAAACAAAUCAAACAUA